AUGUUUGUUAUUUUUGAUUCAACAAAUCAAAUAUUUGAUCGAUUAAUGAAAGCAAAAAAUGAACAAAAAUCAGGUGAUGGAUCAAAACAUGCAGGUUAUUUUAAACGUCUUAAACAUAUGGGUCAACAAGCUAUUCAUUCAUUAUUUAAAAGUUCAAAAAAAUCAAAUAAUCAAUCUGGUUUAAUUGAAUCUGAUACAUUUAUUUAUGUUCGUGGUGAUGAAAGUUCACAUUAUCAUGGAGAACGAGGUUCAAAAUCGGAUCGUGCACGUGAUUAUCCUGCUUAUGGAGUGGAUAUUCCUGGUGCUUGUAUGCCUAGUGGUUUUGGUCAUAUACUUUUUGGUGAACUUUCAUCAAUUCAUGAGAAAGGUAAAUAUGCUGGCGAACGUAUUUAUAUAAAACCAGAAUUUUUUGGAAUUCGUCAAUUAAAACAUUUCAUUAAGCAUACACAAUCUUAUCUUAGUCAUGUAUCAAGAAAAUAUGUAUGUCAAUUAAAAGACAUGCAAACAAAACCUGGUUGUUCAAAAGAAGAUGCAUUUCGUGAAAAUACAGAUAAAAAAUUAUUAGAAAAAUGGAAAAAAGUUUUAAUGACAAUUCCAACUGUAUGGAAUGUUGAUGAACAAUAUAUGAAAAAUGCAACCAAAUAUGGUAUGGGAGAAAUUGAUCGACAAGCUAAAGAAUUAGAAGCAACGGGUUAUAAAGAUAAAGUAAAAGAAUUUCGUGAAACAAUGAUUAAACAAUAUGGAGAAGAUGAUAUAAGUGUACGAAAAGGUCGAGAGAUCAUAUUUACAACACAAGGAUUAUUAAAUAGUUCACUUACAUGUGAAUUAUUCAGUAAAAUCAAAAAAUGCUGA